AUGACAAGUUCCGAUAAGCAUUUGAUCGCUGUUGUCGGGGCUACUGGGGCUCAGGGUGGCAGCGUUGUGCAAUAUUUGCUUAAUGACCCGGAUCAUACUUUCCGCGUUCGUGGAUUGACGCGUAACGUGGAUUCUCCAAAGGCCAAAGAAUUGGCGAAACGCGGUGUCGAAGUUGUCAAGGCUGAUCUCAGCGACGCGGACAGCGUACGCAGUGCAUUCAAAGGGGCCUAUGGCGUAUUCGGAGUCACGAGUUUCUGGGAGCUGUUUUCUGUUGAAAAGGAAAUUAAGCAAGGAAAGACACUUGUCGACGCGGCUGAAUCUGCAGGAGUGAAGCACUUCGUCUGGUCGACUCUGGACCAUACAUCGGACCCAGAAGUGCCCCACUGGAAUUCCAAGGCUGCAGUAGACGAUUACAUUAAGCAAACAAAUCUUCUAAGGACAUCGCUCUACACCGCGUUUUACUUUGAGAAUCUACUGAAGUUCCCGAUUAAGAAAGAUGACAACGGCAAACUAGUCGCGGACUGGCCAUCAUGCCUGACGGAUGGCCCGAUAGGCGGAUUCAGCGUUACUGAAAUAGGAGCGUAUGCGCUUGAAGCGUUCAAGAAGCCAAAAGAAUGGAUUGCGAAGGACAUGCGCAUCGUUUCGGACAUAUUCACCCCAAGGCAGUAUAUCAAGGAUCUUAGCUCGAUAACAGGCUGUGAGAUAAGUAUUGUCGAAACUGAUCGGGCGAGGUUCGAUUCAACCAGAGCAACUGGUGAAGAAAUUUGGGCCAAAAUUACAGAAUUAUUCUACAAGCAUAUGCCAAAGCGAGACCCUGAGUUGACCUUGCGUAUCAAUCCGUCUCGAAAAGACCAUCGUGCAUUUAUUGAGGCUAACAAAGAAUUUUACCUUACCUCGUUCAAGUCUUGA